UUAAUUUCUCAACGGCACAGGACGCAUUUUCGUUUGCUGAAAAUAUUGCGACAAUGAGCGACAAUAUAAUUAACAACGAGCAGAAUCAAGACCAAGAUGCACCAAAUCAACCAAACGUGUUGAUCGCCGAAGAUAUCAAUCCCAUAAUGUUCGUUGCCAAUCCGGCGGCAGGGUCACAUAACACGGACCACUACCCGCAAAGCAAUAACGGGCCCCCACCACCGAUCGUGUUUGACAUCAAACUAGUGAGCAAUAUUGAUUCGACCAUAAAUGUUUCAAGUACUGGUGGCAACAACCUGACGAUUAAGACAUCGUCCUACCAAUUAAGCCUGAUUCACGGCGCUUCUCCAGAUCUGGGCUUGAUUCGUGUGCAGAUCAAUUCGCCUGCCGCGAAUGACCGUGAGAGCUCUGAUACUUUGCGUUGCGGCAUAUGCCUUGGUAACUUUAACCAAUUGGAGGAUCUGCGUGCCACCGCUUGCGGCCACAUGUUCUGUGGCAAUUGCCUGCAGCAAGCUCUGAGCGUGACUGCCAAUUGCCCCACUUGCCGUAAUCCCCAGGAGUAUGCCAAUUCCAUACGUUUGUAUUCAUAGCAACUGAGAUGUGGCUAUAUCUGUGAGGAGUAGAAAGUAUUUAGCAAACACAAAUAGCUAAAUAAACCU